GGUUCACUAGGUUGAUAAUGCAGAAAGAUCAAGCGAUCAGGAUUUGGUGAUCAAACUGAUGCAAUCAAACAGAUUACAUGCUUGCAACCUAUCACACGGCGUGCAUUCUUUGAUGUUGCAUUCGCUGAUUUAUUGCCGGGAUUUAUUUUAGUCUUUAUUUUCCCUUCUCCAGAUGGAGAGCCACAGGAUAAACCGCCUUCUUGAGCUCGACAGAAUGCAACCAUGAGUCUUGUACUGUAGUGUGUAUUUUUUUAUAUAACGUGCGUUCGGAAACUAUGCAGCUUUGGAGAAGGAGAGCGCUGCAUUAAACAUGAUGAAGACUGAAGCAUCCUCAUCAGCCAGCUUGCGGAGUCCCUCUCCCCACCGCAAUGCCUACGAAGCGGAGAUCCAGGCUCUGCAAAACCCCAGUCAGACGAGCAACGGGGAGGAAAAGCCAGGCGAGGAUGCCGAGGGCAGAAAGCAGAGCCGGGGCAAGAAGUAUGGCUCUAACGUGCACAGGAUUAAGAACAUGUUCCUGCAAAAGAUGGGUACCACCCCUAACGAAGCGACUGGUAUCCCAGCCAAAGGCAGGGAGAGGUCUGUGCGCCUGUCUCUGCCCAGAGCCAGCAGCCUCAACGAGAACGUGGACCACAGUGCCCUGUUGAAGCUUGGCACCAGUGUCUCAGAGAGGGUGAGCCGUUUUGACACUAAGAGCGAGAGACCUUUGUCCAAGCUUCAGGAGACCAGGAAGAUGUUUGAGAAGAACAUCCAGGAGAAGAACCUUUCCAACAGAAUCCUGCUGAAGAAGGAGAGGGCUGGCCUCAAGGACAGCAAGCUGGAUGUGGUGGUUCGCUUCAAUGGGAGCACUGAGUCCCUGGACAGCCUGGAGACCGAAGCCAUCUCCCCCACAGUGAGCCAGCUCAGUGCAGUGUUCGAGAGUGGCGCCCAUCAGAAGAAGCCUGGUGUCCUCGACAAGGCGGCCAGGCAUGGCGCCUCCUCACUCAAUGCAAAACCAUUCCCGAAGAAAUCAAAACUAGUUCUUAAAAGUCAACAGGAUGCACUUAAAACAGAGAGUGGGACCAACAGUGACGGUGACCUCUCCCUUGAUCUGGCUGGCCCUGGCCAACUCAGGAAAGAAACUGAGGGACUACAGAGCGACAAGUCGUUGACUGGAUCUCCAUCCAGGAGCAAUCUAGCCAGCAAGCUGGCAUCGCUGGUGAAACAUGGGGACAGUCUGAAAGAAACAAGGCCUGUAGUGUCCACACAAAAGUCACAAAAAAUUGAAGAGGUGAGGAAAAUUAGACCAGUGGAUGUAGAAGACACUGUAGAGUUGGAGCAGGAAUCUGGAUCUACAGAUGAUGGAAAAGAUUCAGAACUUGCCCCUAAAGAUCUUGAAACUGGCAGUGACUUUCAGCAGACAGGAGCUGUUUCAGAGACUUGUGAGCCUCAGUUGGUAGAGACUGAAGCAUCAGCCCUGGAUGUUAAUUCAGAAAAUGGAGAUCUUUCCAAGGAUUCCUUGGAUAAUUUGCAGCCUCUUUCAUUGGAAUCUGGAGAGGCGAAUACUCAUCAAGUGGAGGAGUCCUUGUCCUCGAAAGCAGGUUCCUUUGAAGAUGGAGAGCAGGCUAAAAAUGACCUUGAUCGAGAUGAUCAUUGCAAAAAAAUUGAAGACUUUUCUGAGGCAGAUAUGGUGGAUAUUAGCGCCUUUAGUGGGGUAGGUGAUGAGUCAGAAGGAAGUUGUCUGGAUGAUGAUGAGGAUGAUACAUUUGAACCUGAGAGUGGCUACUCAGAAAUCACCGGACUAUCCGAUGAAGAGGAGCCUGUUCCUCACAGGAAAAUUCGCUUCAGCACAGCAUCAAUUAAAGUGUUCACCACCUACUCCAAUGAAGACUAUGACCGGCGCAAUGAUGAUGUGGAUCCCAUGGCAGCAUCAGCAGAGUAUGAGUUGGAAAAAAGAGUGGAAAGACUGGAUCUUUUUCCUGUGGAACUUGAGAAGGAUGGUGAUGGCUUAGGUAUCAGCAUCAUCGGAAUGGGAGCUGGAGCAGAUAUGGGAUUGGAAAAGCUGGGAAUAUUUGUGAAGACAGUAACUGAAGGGGGAGCUGCUCACAGAGAUGGCAGAAUCCAAGUGAAUGAUCUGAUUGUGGAAGUGGAUGGAAUCAGUCUGGUUGGUGUGACUCAGAGCUUCGCUGCCUCCGUCCUUAGGAACACAAAAGGAACAGUCAGGUUUUUGAUUGGACGGGAGAAGCCUGGAGAAACCAGUGAAGUUGCCCAGCUGAUUCGUCAAACACUAGAACAGGAGAGAUGGCAGAGGGAGAUGAUGGAGCAACAUUAUGGGCAAUAUGUUGAUGAUGAUGAGGAGACAGGAGAAUAUGCAACAGAUGAAGAGGAAGAAGAGAUGAGCCCCAUGUUCGCUAACAAUGACAUGGCGAUCGAAGUUUUUGAUCUAGCGGAGAAUGAAGAUAUGCUUUCCCCGGUGGAAAUGGAUCCUGAAAAGCUGGUGCAUAAGUUUAAGGAGCUCCAGAUAAAACAUGCUGUAACUGAAGCAGAGAUUCAGCAACUGAAGAGAAAGCUUCAUUCGACGGAACAGGAGAAAAUGCGUUGGCGAAUGGAAAAAGUCCAGCUUGAGCAAAGUGUUGAGGAAAACAAAGAGCGGAUGGAGAAGCUGGAGAGUUACUGGAUGGAAGCCCAAACUCUUUGUCAGGCAGUGGAUGAACAUCUGAAAGAGACACAGGCUCAGUACCAGGCCUUGGAGAGGAAGUACAGCAAAGCAAAACGCUUGAUUAAGGAAUACCAGCAGAAGGAAAUAGAGUUUCUGAAAAAGGAAACGGCUCAAAGAAGAACAUUGGAAGAAACUGAAAAUUCACAUAAAGAGGAGAUUGAGAAACUUCAGAAUAAGGUAACAGAACUGGAGACAAGUUUAGAGUCACUGAAGAAUUCCAAUGCAAUUUAGAUGAGAAGAUAGUGUUACAUCACCUGUACUUAAAAUAAACCUUCAUGCAGGAGCAACAGGUCUUGAAAAAUGGACAUUUCCCUGUUUGUUUUCCUCUGAAAGGUUUGUACCAGUUGCACUCAGUGCAAGAGGUUGUGUUUAAGGGAAUUUUUGCAUUAUUGUCUUACAUAUAUACAGUUUGCCAAGUCACUUUCAAACAGAUGGCCAAAUUGAAUUUGUCCAGUGAAUUAUGAAUGGGCUGCAAUGAACUGGUCUGCACUAGAUUGGACUUGCUUCUCAAGCCACAGAACUAGUAAUUUCCCAUUCGGCUUAUUUAGUUUUAAUAAUAUCAAAAGGCUCGAACAAAUGAAUGUUCACCAGGGGCAUCCUUAUUGCAAAAGUAAAUUGCAAGGUUUCUGUUGCUCACAAGUCCUUGGUGACCUGUUGCUUAAGAAUACCAAGAGGUCCAACCUGCCAUUACAUCAUAUGUGAGAAGGCACGUCUUUCUAAUGACUGAAAUCAAAGGCAGUGUGUUUUUUUUCUUGUUACAUGUGUGAUUUCUUUUGACAGAUUGAUGUAAACAAUCAUUCUUUAUCAAUUCAUUUUAUUUCUUUCUGUAAUUAAGAGCAUUAUGGCGCCACGUUAACAAUGCUGAUGUCCUUUUAUAUCUGCAUAGUGUGAAGGUACCAGUACCUGUCUUAACAAAGAUUGUCUUUAGAUGUGUAAUUUAAAGAAAAUAUAAACCAAAUUUCAUUAAUUUGUUACUGAACAGGUGAAUAUGAAGUGGAAUUAAACAACAUGUAUAGAAACCUCGGAAUGGAAAGUUGAAUAAUGGUUAUUGUAAUGGACUAAUGCAGUAGGUGAUUACAAAGUUAAAGAUACUGAAAAUGUUAAAUUUUGCAGUUUUUCUAUUGUAUCUACUGUGAUCUACCAGGCUUUAUCAUUCAUUCCUUUUGUUAUUCAUUGUGCCAUACUUGGUAGAUCUUCCCACUUAUUGCCAUUGCAUAUGUACUGAAAAAGGUGGGUGUUUGUGUAGAUGUUUGACUGAAACCCAUGUAAUUUGUAGUAUAAAAUGUAAGAACCAGACUGCACUGUAAAAAAGAAAUAUUACAUGGUCAGAUCAGUUUCUGGAGCUGUGUAUUACAGAUGCUAGAGUCUGAUGUUGUGAUUGAAUGAGCUCUCCACAGGAUGGAGAAUGCUAGUGCAAGGAAUAUACUUAAUAAACCAUUCCAGCAGAGAAUAUAUUUAAGAAUGAGAUUUACCUCACUCUACCCUUUUAUCAUCACAGGUUUAUGCCCAAGAGUAAACUAGUUCUUCAGUUUGCCUGUUAUUUCAAAUGAGGUUGAGGUAUCUCGAUGACCUAGACGUAAACUUGACUCAUAUCAUAAGGGAGAGGAAUGCUUCUCCCAUUAGACACCAUAGUAACACUCAGGUUGUGAAAGACUUCACCCUUCUUUUUCCCCACUUCUUACCAUUGCCAUGGAGAAUGAAGGGGACACAGUAUAAUGAAUCUAACACUGGAGUAUGUCUGACAUGGUGUAGGGAUGCUCACUGACAUUUGAAUAGGGGGAUGUGCCAUUUACACAGCUGCUUUUCCAAUCUGUAAUGUAGGCAGAUGGGGACCAUUCCAUCCAUUACCUGACAAAGUUCCACCCAAUCCCAGGACCAUUGCUGUACUGGAACUUCAGCUUGUUUAGUCCACAACUCCACAGGGCAUAGACUUAGUUGACAUUGAGGCACUAUCCACAAGCUAGUGGUCCAUUGCCCAGAAAUACAAUGCAUAGUAGGGUUCCAUAUUAAUAAGUAUUCUAAUUCGGUUGAAGGGCUACAACAAAUGCUCAGCAAUUUAUCUUCCAUGCAUUACAUUAAACUGUUCUUUUAGUAGCGCAAAGUAUCAUCACCAUAAACAACACUAGGAAGUAGCAUGUGGUAACAAGAAAUUGUUUUAGAGGGCCACCAAAUGAAUAAAAUAUGAAGUAACAUCCAUACUAAAGCAUUUGCUACUGUGAAGAACUUGUUUCAAUCACUUAAGUAGAAGAGUUAGUAUCUCACCAGAUAACCAUACAGGUAACAUUAAAACUGUAGGGGCUGAAAUUCCAGCAGUGUUAUUCAUCAGUGGGCCUCACUGGUUGAGGCUUGCAGCCCUUGGCCAUUCAAUGCACCCUGGUCCAGUGGCCUACAGAAAACUCACUGGGAUGUCUGCACAUUUCCCACAGGCUUUCCAAAAUAUCUGAAUUAGGUACCAUCUCAUUUGAAGUGAAUGCUGAAGAGAAUCCACCUUUUUUUUUGUUUUCUUCCAACUGAUUAUCCAAUUGUGUGUCACCUAACCCCAGUGCCUAAUGGCUCAACCCUACUCUGUGCCCCCAGCCACUAUACACUCUCUGUCCCUAUAACAAAAUGGUCUUUGUCGCACAGCCCAUAAGUGGCUGCUGGUGCCCUGAAUUUCAGCGCUGCUGCUCCCAGCAAGUUAGGUAAACACCUAACUUAAUCUAACAAAGCCAGCUCAGUGGGUUCAGAAUCUCGUUCCCGUAGAUCCCACGAGACCAACUGAAAUGCUUGGUUGGAAAGGCAAGCAUUAAUUCUGGCAAUAGGGUGCUGGACAAGUCAUUGAAAACCCACUGUCAAGUGACAUCUCAUUUGUUCCAUUGAGUAACUGAGUUUUUCUGGUGACUAGCUGAACCACAUUGCAGUCUAUUAAUAAUCCCCAGCAAAGCCAGCAGCAUGAGUUCUACCAUAAUCUGCUCAAUUCUUCUGGAUAAAGAAGGCAGACUGCCUGUGGGCAACAGGACAGGAGGGAUGAGGAUAAUACAUUUCCCUUGAAAUUCAUCCCUGAUUGGUGCUAUAUGCUGCAGUACAUUGUACUUUGCCUCUGAAAUUCAUUCCAUUGGCAUCAACUCAACAGAACUGAAUUUCCAAGGCAAGAUGCAAUGCACUGACACAAUCAAAUGGUGCAUUUAACAGGACCAAACAGGUAAGAAUUUCUAGGCUUUAUUUAAAAAACAAAAUAUAUUAAAAGCUGCUACUUACAAAAUGUGAUUAUUUUUCCAUCUGUGGUAUUUUAGAAGGGACUGUAGUGUGUAUUGUACUGACACACUACCCCUUCAACUCAGGAACUUGGUUUUGGAAUCUUGUCUAGUCUGACGAAAUGAAAAUCUCCUUCCUUGCCUCCAAGUGUCUGAAGGGAAAUGACUUUUGGCCUUCUGAGUCCACUUCACAAGAAGCAAGAGCCAACAACAGUAAUUAUCAUUAAAUUAGAAAUCACAGUGUGAGAUUAAUCAUGGAGGGGAGGGAGGAAAGGUAGAAAUUGGUGUAGGGUCACAGAUCCAUGCCGUAAGGAUAGAGAGGAAGCAUCUUGUUCAUCUCCUAUGAAUACUUAGUAUUAAUUUACCUUGCAAAUACUAGAAAAAUGUUCCACGUCCCUCGCACUGACAUCCCUCACUUUGAUGAACAUAGAAAUGGCUAUUAUCCUUCCUGGAUAUUACAAUGAACAUUGGCAGACAAAUGAUUGAACAUUUGAGUUGAAGCAGCAGGUUACACAUCAAACGCAACUCUUGUUUUGACCUGCCAGUUACUCCUUUAGUUGUGGGGAAAGGUAGAAAACACUGAGCCAUAUUGGAUUUUUGAUAAAUACUUUUAUCGUUGCAGAUUGUUACAGUUUAGAGGUUUCGGUAGCCAACUGGUUUGCAUAAGCCUUGUGCCCACUGUUUGAGAUUGUAUUGCAAUUGGUUAAUUUCACUUGUGUAUAUGUGAUAAUUGUAUUUGGUGAAAUGUAUACAACUUCAGAAAAAGUUAAAUUGUUUCUUUUAUGGGUUUCAACCAUGUUAGCUGAAUGUUGAUUAAAUUUCCUGUUAUAAGGUAUAAUCUAGCUUAUAUGAAGUUAUUAAUCCUCUGAUACUUUUUAAUUUGAUUAAACUUGUCCAAUAGAUUCUUAAGUAGUGUAGUGAGGAUCUUUUGAAGUAUCUGACAGGACCUAAUUAAUUUAUAAUGUCUGUAGCAUGUUUUGCUAGUAUUGGGUAGGCUUCUUAUGAUAUUCCCCUCUGUGUUUAAAUUAAAUUAUCCCUCAGAACCUACUUUAUUUUGAAUGUAUAUUGAGCAUUUCCUCAACCAUCAUAUCAUAUCUUUUAAUGAGGUGUAGCAUGAAUUCAUACAAAGCAGAAUAAAAUUGACAAUACCACUUUAAUUUUAGGAUGUUCCCUUUUAAGUUUAUGUAUAAUGUUUGUCCUUAUUUAGGUUCCUUUAUUUUCAGAAGUGACAUACUAUUGCUAUCAAUAAUGUCAUUAUACUAAUGACAAGAUCUGGAUUUGAAAAUUAUUUUUGCAUUAAAGUCAUUACAGCAAAUCCCUGCACAAUACCAGUGAGCUCAUGGGGCAGCACUGAUUCAUGCUGUGCUCUUGUAAGCAAAGGAAAAUAGAGAUCAUCUCAUUCUGCCUUAUCCUAUUGCCCUUCUUCAGGUUUCUGCUGUAGAGCUGCAGAAGUGUAGGCCAACAAGUACAUCACCUGCUCAUCCUGCCAUCAGCAAAGGUCAUGUGUUGAGCUGAGCAGGAAGCCACGUAGAAACACUGAUUUGAUAAUGACCAGAUAAUCUGUUUUUGUGAUGAUGAUUAAGAGUCAAAUGUUGCACAGGCUACCAGGAUAACUCCCUUUCCCUUCCUCAGAACGGUGCAUAGGUUCUUUUACACAUACCCAAGAAAGCAGACAGAGCCUCAGUUAAUACUUUGACCAAAACUUGCUGGCAUCUCAAAUAAUACAGCAGUGCUGCAUUAUAACCUAAUGACUUAUUAAGGCCAAAGAUCUUUACUCUGUACUCGUAAAGCAAUCUACUACCCGAAAUGGUGUCAAGCAACACAGGUUGGAAAAACGUCAGGAUUCAGUGCUGCUCUGGGAGGAGUUAACCAUUCUUAGUCAAUGUUGGAAUAGAUAUAUUAUGACUGACCUGUGUUCUUGUAGGUUAAUGCUUGCUGCUAGUGAAGAUGAUUUUCUGUUGACAUGCAUCAACUUCGUAAGACUAAUGUGAGAAUUUCAGAUAAAAUUUGCAUGAGAAAGACUUACUUUCAUGGUCUCAAGAAACAAAGUGCUUCACAGCCAAUGAGGCAUCUUUGAAAUGUGGUCAUUGUUGUAAAACGGGAAACACUGAGCCAAUGUGUGCACAGCAAGAUCCCAGAAACACCAGUAUAAUAAUGAUCAGAUAAUUUGUUUCUCGUGAUAAUGAUUAAGAGAUAAAUGUUGCGCAGGUUACCAGGAUAACUCCCUUUCUCUUCCUCAAAAUAGUGCCAAAGAUUUUUUUUUACUCAUCCCCAAGAGAGGAGAUGAGGGCUCAGUCAACUCUUCAUUCAAAAGAAAGCAUCUCCAUUGUCGCAUGUUGGCGUCUCAAAUACUUCAUCACUCUUUCAGUACUGCACUGGAACCCAGUGGCUUGUUUACAAUAAGUAGGAUGGUUUACUUGUCCAAUGGACCCAGCUUGAAAUAAUCUGUCAAUGUAUUGUCAGCCCAUUUGGUGCUCACAGUUUGAUGAAGAUUGAAAAUUUAUUAUUUGUUAAAGAGUUCAUGAUUUCAUUAUAAAUGGUGGCCUGAGGAAGACUCCCCCCAUGUACUUAUAAUAUUAAUACACAGAGAAAUAAAACAGAGUUGUUCUACUAAUCACUAUGCAGCAACAUUUGAUGGAGCAUAUAUCUGUGAAGGCCUGUGCUCUCCCUAUACAAACAACCACUGAUCAAUGGUCAUUGUUUUGGCUAACACAAAAUAACUGUCUGGAAGCUGAGGGGUUGUUCACAACCUUGGGAAUGUAAGUUUAAAAAAUUUGCAGAUGUGGGAAGUCUGAAAUGAAAACAGAAAAUGCUGUAAACACACAGCAGGCCCGGCAUCUGUGAAAAGAGAAAUAGAAUUAAUGUUUCAGGUUGAAGAUCCUUCAUCAGAACUGGGAAAGAGGGAGAAAAACAAGUUUGUAAAUUGUUUUUUUUCCAGAUCUGAUGAAGGAUCUUCAACCUGAAAGUUGAACCUUUCUCUUUGCAGAGACGUAGCCUGACCUGCCAAUAGGAUAUACGCUGGAUGCAGCUCAGCAACUUAGGGAAAAGAGGCAGCAAAAUGGCGGGUGGUGUGUUGGGGAGAGGUUGUGGGUAAAAGCAACAAAUAAUAAAUACAGAGCCGUGUUGUACUGUCCUAAUCAGUUCAAAUCCUGAUGGAGACACAGGCGACUGCAGAUGCUGGAAAUUUGGAGCAACGCACAAAGGCACUGGAGGUACUCAGCAGGUCAGGCAGCAUCUAUGGAGGGAAAUGGACAUUUGAUGUUUUGGGUCGAGACCCUUUAUCUGGACUGGAGUUGCAUUGUUCCUUUUCACCCAAAACGUCGACUGUCCAUUUCCCUCCACAAAUGCUGCCUGACCCACUGAGUUCCUCCAGCUUAUCAUUUGUUGAUCUGAAGAAAGUACAUUCAGUUCCUGUCAUUCACACUUCCAGCACAGUGGUGCAGCUAGUGGACCUGCUGCCUCAACCUUGGCCUCUUGUCUUUGAACCUGUCCUCUAGUGCUGUCUGUGUGGAGUUUGGAUGUUUUCCCUGUGACCAAAUGUGUUACCUCCAAGUGCUCCAGUUUCCCUCCAUGUCCCUGAGAUGUGCAGAUUAGUUAGUUAAUUUGUCACUGUAAAAUUGUCCCUAGUGGUGGGAUCUGGGGUGAGUUGAUAGGAAUGUGGGGAUGAUAAAAAGUGUAAAAUGGGUGUGGAGUUAGUGGGCUUUGCAGUGUGACUCUAUGACUAUUUCUCUGGACAGUUGGAGGGAGAUAUUUAUUCUUGGUCACUGACUGGGAAACACUUGAAGAAUAUUGACAUGAUUUGUAUUCACUUCUGGGCAUUUCAGUGGAACCAAAGUAGAGGUGAGUACAACCUACAACCAGUAUUCUGUUAGACAUUCACCAAAACAAAUUUCAGCCCCUGUAAUCCAGUAAAGAUCUUGAGUCCUGUUUUAUGCAGCAAUAUUGCAUAAUACCAGGAAGGUCUGCAAAUGUACACGGUGAAUACAUUUUUCUACUGUAAGCUGAACCUAAUUUGCUAUAACAGUGUAAGCAUACUAUAGAGGCAGCAGUUUGCAUAUUUCAAAAAUUGGAAAUCAGGCUUCUGGGUGGGGUUAAUGUGAUCAGAGAUUUUGCAGUAUUUAUUUACGUAUCUCAUGCUACAAUUUUAAGACCAAAAUAGAGCCUUAAGCCAGAAAUAUUGUGUCAUAAAUGAUUUUUAUAUCAAUUUAUAACAGUAUAAACUUGAACUGAUUGUAAUUAUCAAUUGUUUUGAGGAGCAAAGUGCUGCAAAAGAUGAGCAAUUGACUGGUAAAAAUUCCAUAAUGAUAUUGCAGGCAAUUCUGGCAACUGGCAGAAACCAAGUUGCUUAACUAUUCAGCAAAAUAAUUGAUGAAAUUCUGGAAUUCUAGGAAGCACUGCCCUGUAAAUAUGCAUGUUAAUGAUGAAUUGCAUUGUAGCAAGCUAGAAUUUUUAUUUAACUAGUGUGGUCAGUAAGGGAGCCAUUCUAUGCUCAAGGCACUGCAGGACUUUACUGCUUCAUUGAGCCAGUAUUAACCCAAGUUUUAUAUUAUUUUCAAUCUUGUAAUAUUCCUAAUUGAUAAUUUUAUGGUGCUGAGCAAGUAUAGCUAUUGAUCAAUUGCUGUGUGUUUUUUAAUAGAUUCUAACAUUAUUACACCACCUGUUAUUAUUGCUCUUGUACAGGACAGUAAAGUUAAAAGUGUGGACGUGCAUGACAUUCAUUUUUAAGUCUGAUUGUUCAUAAAUAGUUGGAGUUCAAACUUGAUUAACAUCUGUAUUAAUCUAAAGUUUAUAUACCUCCAGUUUCAUUAAUUGGCAAACAUUGAAGCACUUACAAUCAGAUGUUAACAUUAUGAUGGCAAGUCCUUGUGAACAUUAUUAAAAUGGGAGUUGAAUGGGUUAAGUCAGGGGGAUCAUAGUUAGAUUAUUUGUAAAUAUGAAAGACUGCAGCAAAUUCCUCACUUAAAAUUUGGUCCUAACCAACUAUAUGGACAAAUUAUAGCAAAAAGAAAUGGCAUCUUAGACUCACAAUAUGUUAUAAGGUCAGAAUUUACAUCCUGUUCCACCCCUUCCCUUCAUAUAAACCAGCACUUCCCCAGCAGACACUCAUUAGUUUAGUUGUAUGUUUACAUGUUUCACAUUUGUAAUCUUUAAAAUAUAUUGUUCUGAAAUUUUAAUCCUUCCUGGUUUCUUACAGGACUUACUCCUAUAAAAUUUUCAUUACUACUUAUUUUUAAAAAUCCCAACAUGAAACCAGUAGAACUUUUAAAUAAACUGCCCAACAGAAACCCAUGGUGAUUAAAAUAAAACAUACAUCAAUGUUGAAGAGAUGCAUAAUUUCAUGGUGCUGAAAAGCUUCAGUAUUGUGUACUUUAACAUUUAAGUGGAUUAUUGAAAAGAGGAGGCCCGUAUCUCAAAAUGUUUGCAUGCACUUGAAUCACAGAUGUCUCCGAGUUGCUUGGUAUUUAUUAAAAUCAGUAAUCGAGUGCAUUUUUUAUUCUAAGCUCUGCCACAAGAGGGGGUAGUUACUCAAUGCAGAAGAUGACCACAUUGCCUAAUUAAUGUUCAGUCAACAACUUCCAACAGUGUUCAGGAGUGCAGUGUCUCCCAAUCUUGUUGAAUGAAAGCUCCACUCUUCAAUAUGCAUUCCCUCCCAUAAAUGGUCGAUGAUGUCACUACCCAUUCCUUAUAAGGAAUUGGGGUGUACCAGAGAUUCCUGGGGAAUGCUAAUGGCUUUAUGGCUGGCAACUUUUUAUUUUGUUAUUUUUAUUUUACUUUUACCUUUUUUGUGAACUUUCUAGCUAAGUUGCCUCAAUGUUGUUCAUGGACCCCUUGUAAC